AUGGUUGCCGCUAUAUUGACCGCUCUGAUUUUUGCUUCUGCUUUUAAUGAUGUGUCCUCUGUGAAUCUCUGCCCAGAUGGCUGGUCGUUUGGCAAUGAAACCUCCUACUGCUAUCAAAUCUCGGACCGAUACAUGACUUAUGCUGAAACCGACAGCUACUGUCAAUCCAUCGGAGGACGUCAAGCCUUCAUUAUGAGCACCAAAGAGCUCACAUUCUUCAGUUAUUUCACAUCUGGUAUGUUUGCUCAACCAUGGUUAGCCAUCACUAGAAACACGACAACUAAUGUCUGGCAUAACUCUGAUGGAACAACUGCAUUCUCGACAUGGUGGACUACAGGAGAGCCAAGUGUUAAUGGUGAUUGUGCCACAUUCAAAUCCACUGAUAAAGCAGGAAUGAAAGCUACACCAUGUUAUAGUGUACAGCCAGCAAUGUGUAGGCAAAUGCCAGCAUUGUGCCCUACGACGACAAACUACGGAGGAUCGUACUCUCGAACUGGAACUAUCAAGUCUCCUGGAUACCCAGAUCAAUACUAUAACAACCUGGAUUGCUGGUAUGUGAUUAAUUCGCCCAACAACACGUACAUCACCCUUCAAUUCAGCCCAUAUCUGGUCGAACGAACAUUCGAUUAUAUUCAGGCGUACGAUGGACCAAAUGACACUUAUCCGUAUCUGGGAAAAACCGAUGAAUACACAAAUCCUCGUUACGAUUUUGAAAGUUCUUCUAACGUCGUCUCUUUCAAAUUUCACACCGAUAAAACUAUCACUAACAACGGGUGGCUGCUCACAUGGAAUGCUCAAGUGUACUCUGCCCCAAUAAAUCAAACAGGGCAGAAUGGAACAUUUACCUCUCCUAACUAUCCAGACAACUACGGUCCGUACACUGAGCAAUUGUAUUAUAUCACAGCUCCAGACGGAUUCCAUGUCAAUGUCACACUGGAUGACUUCCUAACAGAAGCUAGAUUUGAUGUGUUGGAAAUUUAUAAUUCGUCUACAGUACUUCCUAAUAAUCUUGUGGCAAAUCUCUCCGGUAACGCUACAGUUCCUUGGUCCUGGGUAUCACCAUACAGUUACGUCACGAUGAGAUUCAAAUCGGAUGGGUCGGUUCAAAAGAGAGGAUUCGAAGGAUAUUGGUUCAUUACUUUCCCUUGA